UUGAUAAAAUGUGAAGAGCCAGCCACUAGUCUCCAUGUCUCUGCUGUAUAAAUAUAAACCUGUGUUGCCGGAACAUUUCAUAUCUCGCCCUGGCUGUCUUGAGGGUCGUAUUUUACUCCACUUUUUUCCCUUGAAAACCUCGGUGAGUCUCUAAACGUUUCCAGAAGCGUCUUGCCAGCUUUUCGCAGCGUAGGGCGAUAUUGCAAUGUGUUGCUCAAUUCGAAUUUAUGCCAAGAUGCCGACGCAUAAUGGCCUACUACUGUUAUUAUUGGAAUGGCAUAACGUGAAGGGCACGUGGCAAGAAGGGAUUGAUGGGACGAUGGCCAAGAUAAUGGAAGUGGCAGUUGAAGGAAUGAGGACAUUUGCUGAGAAAAUGGAGCGAUGAAAUCAGUUGUGUGCACGGAUGCUGUGUCCGUUACAGGCAGACCUUGCUUAGCGUGACCCCGUAGAAUGCUGAUUUGUUAUUGCGCUCUGCCCUGGACAAUUUUUUUUGACGAUAUCUAAACUGCUUGCAAGUGACAACGCACAGCAGCACCGGCGAAGGAAACCUACUCGCCUCUGUCAUUCGCUCAGCCAAUGAGAGCGACGUAUGCUCUUAAGCCCCCCCCCCCACCUGCGAUUCGAUUAUCACGAUUCGUGAAAACGAUAAAAAAUGGAGGAAUCGUGUUUUUUUUUCAAUGGUAGGAAAGUGCGUUUAGCCAGGCGAGAACUCAGGAGACCUGGGAUUGAGUCGCCGGCUCUACCAAAAAUAAACCUCACCACAGACAUUUAGACUGAGGGCAUCGUGAAGACCCGGAUAAGCCACUUCGUUGAGCUAUCAUUUGUGGCCAGGUCGCUUCUGAAAAAGCUACAUAGCUCAGUGGGCCUUGCCUGGUAAAAUAAUGUUUUUGUUCAAAUGAAACAAGUUCAGAACCAUGAAUAUAAGAGAUGCAGGAGAGUUGACAUAAACAGGGGUUGUCCUCUGGGUCAACUUUCCAAUACAAUGGGAAUUUCCACCAUUGGCUCGGCUAUAAACAUGACCACAGCCUCGUGCUGAUUUGAGUAGGAAACAGCUGCUCAAGUGUGCAGUGGGCGGGGGGGUGGCUGUGAUGCUCCAUGGCUAAUGAUGUUGAUGAUGGAGCCUGGCUCCUGCUCAAGCAAGCAGGAGCCAGGUUUUUUGAUGCCCUCUGUGGACACCAGGUGGCAGCAGGAGCAGCAGCCCGAAGAGCCGCGCUGCCCCGGGGCAGAGCGAGGGGUCUCGUGUUUGUGUCUGCGAGACCCGAAGGGGACCUGGGGACACUUCGGGGACCUUGGUAGUCCAGGGGACCAUGUCGGCCUUCAGCAGCGACACGAGCGAGGCGCUGCUCCUAGGCGGUAAGGGGGGGCAGGCGGCGGCGGCUCUGGCGCCUCCGACGGCCCCGGAGGAGCUGCGCCGCGUGUUCGAGAUGGAGCGGAGCGCGGCCUUCGUCCGACUCCACAGCCUGCGCACGGUGGCGCUGCAGUUCCCGGACGCGAUGCUGGGGGGACGCGGCGCGGGUGAUGUGGGCGCUGGAGGAGGAGAGCGGCGCGCUCUGCUUCGUCCUCGGCGACUCCACCUACGGCAGCUGCUGUGUGGACGAGGUGGCGGCCCAGCACGCCGGGGCAGAGGGCCUCAUCCACUAUGGCCACGCCUGCCUCAGCCCCGCGCGCCUCCUCCCCGUGCUGCGCGUCUUUGGCCGCCGGGAGUGCGACGCGUCGCGGUGCCUCGCGGCGUUCCGCGGCGUCUUCCCGUCCACGGUGCAGCGGGUGGUGGUGCUGGCCGACGUGCAGUACGAGCACGCCCUGGAUGAUCUGGAAAACAUCCUUGGUCCAGAGUACCCUCAUGUGCGGUUCGCUCGAGUCGAGCCUCAACCUGCGGAUCAAACCCCGGAAGACGUGCCCCCGGCUGAGGACCCGUGUCGCACGGACGGCACCGAGCGUGCAUUUGGCCGCCUGCUGCUGGUGGAAGCCGGCUCUCGGCUGGAGGAUUACAGCGUUUUCUACAUUGGCAGGGAGAGCAUCACCCUGACUAAUUUCAUGAUGAGCUGGAACAAUUGUGAGUUUUUUACGUACGACCCAGAGAGCGGAGAAAGCCAGAGGGCUUCGGCCAGCACAAGCCGCCUGGUGAAGCGGAGGUACUACCUGGUGGAGCGGGCGAGAGAUGCCGGCUCCGUCGGGAUUUUGGUGGGCACCCUGGGCGUCGCUGGAUUUCUGGAAAUCAUCGAGCAGCUUAAGCGUGCGUUGGCACGCGCUGGCAAGCGGUGGCAGGUGUUCGUCGUGGGCAAGCCCAACCCCGCCAAGCUCGCCAACUUUCCAGAGAUAGACGUAUUCGUUCUGGUCGCGUGCCCCGAGAACUCGUUGCUGGACUGCGCGGAGUUUUACCAGCCGAUAGUGACACCCUUUGAAAUGGAGGUGGCCUGCAACCGGCAGCGCCCGUGGACUGGAAGCUUCGUCUCAGACUUCAGGGAGCUGCUCCCAGGUUACCCACAUCACGUGCCACUGCCAGAAUCGCAAGAGGAGGCGGAGGGAACGGAGGGAGACGUGUCUCUACUCACUGGGGCAAUAAGGUGUCAAUCGCGGGGGGUAGAGAACCCCAUGGACGUGGAACCCACCGAUGCCCUGCUCGUCCGAGGUCACAAUCUGCAAGUGGUGUCCAGCCAAUCGGCAGCUGGUUACCUGGCUGCCCGUGACUGGCAGGGCCUGGACCCGCGUCUUGGUCAGACGCGCGUGUCGCGUGUACAGCAGGGGCGCCGGGGUGUCGCCAUCGCGUACGAAGACGAACACAAGAGCGCGGCGACGUAGCAGCACGCGCCACGAUGAGGCGGUGUCCGCCAUGGCGUGACAGCGUGCACCACGAUGUAGCGGCGUGCACCACGAUGUAGCGGCGUGCACCACGACGAGGCGGUCACCGACAUGGCAUGGCAGCAUGCUCCACGAUGUGGCAGCGUGCGCCACGAUGUAGCGGCGCACACCACGACACUGCAGCGUGUGCCACGACGACAUGAGACACACCCUGCCCUCGCUGCACGACAACGUCAAAUGUGCCACUGCCUUGGAAAGCAACAUUUUACACAUCCCAUUAGCGACGCGGCCUGCUGGGAGGGCAUAAUGCGUAUGCAUAAAAACGUACUUUUAUUUUGCAUGCAGAGGGACGGAUUUGUGAAGACGGUGUAUAGUCUGCUUUCUUGUAGCUGAAAUGCCCGUAAAAUAUUGCAGGGUUGUCACAAUGGCAGUAAACAUAAACGAUUAAAUUUUUUAAUCUAAAUCGCCUAAUUAAAUUGUUUUCAAAGAUUAAAACUCUCGUAAUUUUGCGUGGAAUAAAGCGAUGCCGAACACAAAGCUAAUGUGCGAUGUACUUUUGAGGCAGUCCUGUUUAAAUUGUACAUUAAAAAGUAAGAUCCCUUACACACCCGUGCGAUUAUGUUCUAAAAAAAA